AUGUCUUGUCAACAGCACCGCCAUGCUCCACCGAGCCUUCCGAACACCAACGCUAAUUCCUUCGUCCUCGAAGUUUGCGGGUGGGACGCCCCCAGCAUUUUUGAUCAGACCUGCGGAGACCCUGACAGGAUAGGCGAUGCCCUAGGCAUGCUCUUCGCUGAUCCUGCCCCCUCGACAUCUGAGUCUGACCAGCACCAGCACCAACAGGAAGACUUCCACUGCGUUAUCUGCCAAGACACCGAUGCGAUCAGCAGCGUGCGCUUGAGCUGCGGCCACAGGCUUCACGCAGAUUGCUUCAAGCGAUUCCUGGCAUUCGCCAUCAAUGACCAAGAAGUGACAAUCCAGCUUCCUGGCUGUCCCAAUGCUGGAUGCACGGACAAGCUGCGCUUCGACCGACAAGCUUUGCAGACUCGCUUUGCCAACGACGAUGAAUGGCGGGUCCUCCUGGAGACAUACGGCAGCAUAGAGAGGAGCUACAUCUCGUGGCAGGCGGGCAUACUGCCGUGUACCUCUCCCUGCUGUCAGGCCGUCUCGACCUCGGUCUCGACCAUGGCCGCUGUGUCCCAUCAGAACAGCACAGCUACGGUCAAGUGUGAGGGCUGCAUGGCCAUGUUCUGCGUCGGUUGCUCACUGGCAUCGAGAAAGUUGGUGCCUGCGCACGUCAUCGUCGGGUGCGAGUCGCGGGUAUUGCUGGAAGAGAGAUUGCGGCAGCUCGAUGAGGCUCACGAUGCAGUCUGCCAGCAGCUUGAAAGCAACGAACAAGCAGAGCUUGGAGUCUCGUUUGAGAGAACGGUUCGGCGAAGACUCCUUGAGGAAGAGCUUCGAGCUGAAACGCGUGAGGUCGCAGCCUGUCAGCUCCGCUCGUUUCCCGUCAGCGAGCAUCGUCUGAGCUCGAGCCGAGCAGCUCAAGCCGCCCGACAGUCUUCCCGCCAGCCCGACGGCUCGUCAGCGGUAGAGAGUCAUGAGGUCACGUCAGGCACCGAGCAGGCGACCCGCGAGGCCAACAGCUGGAGGCUGCUGAGAGAUCCCCCCCCGGUCGCAGGUCUUGGAGCAGCAACAGAGAUGAGGGGAGCAGACGCGAACCAGCUGUUCAAUCUGUUCCUACACGACAUGCAAGAUGAGGAAGACCAGAUCGACAUUUUGGACACGAUCGCCACCUCCGCCAGCUUCCGGCUGUUCAGGCCCCGUUAUGAUCAGACGGUGUCUGGUGAGGAGCAGCCGGUGAAUGUGUAUAACCUCCAAGACAUCCUCGACCUGUGCGAUAGAGCUUCUCUGACGGCCCUGAAGUCGAGGAUCAUCAAGAUUGCUAGCGGAGAAGAGCAGGAGGAAGCAGGAGCCCAGGCUCCCAGUGACCAAGAGGAGAUUGCUCGGAGCACCAAGCCAUGCACGAAGUGCGAAUAUCGCAUCCAGAAGAUGGGAGGAUGCAAUCACAUGACGUGCAGGAAGUGCGGGCACCAGUUCUGCUGGAUGUGCCUCGGGGCAUGGGCCAGCCACUCGUACACGAGCUGCCCGGGGGAGCCAAACCCGCUCUCCUUCCCCCAAGCGCUGCAGCCUGCCGUCAAGGACGUCGUGGACAAGUACCGCGACCGCGAACAGUCCCUCCUCGAGAGAAGGCUGGUCGAGUACACUCAGAAGCACUUGGUAGCUGGCCUGCCUGUCGACAAGGACAGCAGGAGAGCCGACUCUCUGCAGCUCUCCAGGCUGCGACAGAGAGUGGAGGAGCCUGCGAGGCUGAUGGAGACAUCGGAGGAGCUCUAUAGACUGAUGAGAGCAGAGGAGCGCAGACAGAGGAGAUCAGAGGAGCUCAGGCUGCGGGACAUGCAGCGCCAGCUCGAGCUGGAGAGAAUCAUCCGCGAGUUCGUUCCGCUCCAACGGACCAGCAGGUCCUCUAUGAGCACAGAUGCAGCCCAGCGAGUCUUGCCGGACCUGUACAGGCAGUACCUCAAGUACCGGGCCGCCAAGCAGAGAUACUUGGACGCGCAGAAGGAGAUGGGGAGACGAAAGCCGCUGGGAGUCCCGCAUGAGGACCUCGUCAACCAGUGCUACGCCAUUGACUUGGAUCUUGCUCGGCUUGAGAUGCAACAGGAAGCUUGCUUCCUGAUGGGCAUGGACGUGCCUCCCAGGCUCCUGCAGCAACGCUGGCAGAGGCCGCUGCACGAGGCGUUGACUCUCAUGCAGCCCAGCCGCUCAGAGGACCGGAAGGAGCCUGUUCGCAUGCCAGUGCAGGGGAGCGAGAGCUGGACGAGGGAGAGGCUGAGCGACAUGGACCUGGCGGAGCGCGUUUGUGCCUGGCUGGACUUGCAACGAGACUGCAUUGUGACAAUAGGUGUAUCAGCGGAUGCGAGCCCCUCCCAGCAAGGCUCCCCUGGGUCCCAUCAUGAUGAAGCAUGA